AUGAUCCUAGCACGGUCACCGGUCAGGCGACCCGUCAACUUGCCGUCGGCGUCAGCUGAGGCUCGAAAGGCCGAUUCUGCGGCCCCUCAGGCAUCCCCCCCUUCUUCAGGCACCUCAUCUACCGACUUCCACCCAACGUGGAGACCAAUAGCAGAGUCAGACUCCUCCAGUCGCAGCUGCCACGGUAGCGCCCUUGACGAAAACUCAGUAUUCACCUCGUUACCUCUUCCCCAACGUACCCAGUCGAAUGUCGCAGCAGAAGGGGCUGAUUGUUCGGAACGAGUGCAAACUCUCGCACUGGGCAUAGUCAGCACCCUAAGGCAGGCUAAAUCUGUCACUGCCGAUAUGCGGAACAGAGCCAUAGAUUCAGCAAAUCAAAUCGCUUGGCUAGCCGGUAACUCAAUGGCCCGCCGCUUAAAGGAGAUUGAAACAGAAUCCGCUGCAUGCAAGCAGGAACUCAUGACCGUACGCAGUGAGCUUGGCGAAAUUAAGGCCCUCAUAGCGAGCAACAAAGCGGUCAAUAUUGGUGAAGGUGGACAGAUAGAUCUAAACUCAGCUUUCACGGCUUCAGCUCUUGACCCCUUAAUGAAGGAGAUUCGUACUCUGAGGGAGGAGCUGACCAAACGGGAAGACGUCUGUUCCACAAAACAUGUCACCAGAGAACAGCUAGACAAGAUUCUUGGUGACAAAAUAGAAGCUAUCAAAGCUGAUAUUUCCACAGCCAAGACGGCUAUCCUGGACAUGAGAGAAGCCAGACAUGAAGAAGUUAUCUCUCUGAUGCAUGAGCAGGGAACUGCGCUUGAUGCAGAAGUUGCUCUCAACGAAAUCAAAGAGCAAAUCAAAGAAGUUCGAACUAAAGUUCAAGAAAACGCCAAGGCAAUCAGUAAUCGUGCGGAGCUACAAAAUGCCAAAAAGCCAACCAUCCCGUCUACUGCAAAUUCAGUACCUGUCUCAGAAUCGAAACCAGCAAAUCAGGCUAACAAAAAUAAACCGCGUCGCCCCAGCAGCUAUGCCGAAGCUUUAAGCAAGCCGAAUUAUGCGGUCCUGAUAGAAUCGGCUGAUCCUAGGAAAACGUCUGAAGACGUCAUAAAUCAUGUUAAACAGAAUGUUAACGUCAUCGACUUAGGCAUUGGCGUAAACAGAGUUACGAAGAUCAAAAAUCAGAAGGUUAUUAUGGCUUGCGGGUCUCAGGAGGAACGCAGUGCACUUCAAGAGGCGAUACGCCAAAAGUGCACACAGAUCUCAGCCAGAAGCACGAGAGAUAGACUUCCUCAAAUCAGGCUUGUCGGAGUCAUAAAUAGCCUCACAGAUGCAGAAAUUGAGAAGGCAGUCACCAGCCAAAAUCGACAUCUGCUCGGCUCCCUUCCUCCUAACUCGCAGGUCAAAGUACUACGCAGAACCAAAGGCAGAACCCAGGAGGUCAAGAAUGCUAUCCUUGAAGUGUCUCCGUCGAUUUGGAAAGCAGCUCAGGGACAGAAGCUCCACAUCGGCCUGCAAUUGGUGCCUGCAGUCGAUCAGUCGCCCCUGAUUCAGUGCUACAAAUGCAUGGGAUAUAAUCACAGGGCGGCUGAAUGCAAUGAAAAGAUCAGAUGUGGGCACUGUGCCCAAGAACAUGAUACCAGAGCGUGUCCCAACAGGAACCUGACCCCCCAGUGCUGUAACUGCAAAAAGGCAAAAAGAGACCUUGAGCCUCAUCCAGCUUACAGUCAAGACUGCCCCGACUGGCAGAAAUGGGAUGGCAUAGCGAGAGCCGCUGAGACACUCAAGAUAGCACAGAUAAACCUAGGAAGAGGGCAUUCCGCCACGCAAGAAUGUCUCAGAGAAGCCACUCAACAGGGUUAUUCAGUCUUGCUGCUUCAAGAACCCUACGUUGGCUCCAAAGGAUACUUGAGUGUUGGUGGUAACAGUCGGAUCAUACAAAAGCUACACAAUAGAAGCCAUCCGGUAAGGGCAGCUAUUGUCAUAUUAAACCCAAGUCUUCGUAUAAUCGAAAGCCAGGAAUGGAUUACAGAAGACAUAGUCGGACUGAAAAUCACUGUUGGUAACGAUACUUUUAUAUUAAUUAACGCAUAUCUAGAUAAGACGCAUGAUAUAGAACAGACUGUGAACUCUCUCCGCAAAAUUGUUGAUUCGACUGGAACUACCAACCUUCUCCUUGCGGGCGACGCUAACGCCAAAAGUCCAUGGUGGGGAUGUGAUUCCGAAGACGAACGAGGCAGCAAAAUAAUGGACAUGUUUGCAGAACUUGGCAUGGAAGUCCUCAAUCAAGGGUCGCAACCGACAUUUCUGGUAUAUCGACAAGGACAACCAUGCCAGAGUAUCAUUGACAUCACAGCUUGUUCAUCACAGGUCCUCAACUUAAUUACUGACUGGAAAGUAAACCCAAACCUCUGUUCGUUAUCGGAUCACAUCCCGAUUACUUUUAAUCUCAAAGCCACGCCAAACCUCGACACAUAUCCUUCUUCUACACGAGUGUUCUUUACGGCCAAAGCAGACUGGACUAAAUUUGAAGAAACAUUCACUAACAACCUCGAACAACUGAACAUUAGCACUGAAGCAAUAUUGGAUAUAGAUAAUACUACUGAUCUGGAACAUAUAGUUUUAAAAUAUCAGGAUGCAUUAACUAAUGCUUGCAAUGAAUCGAUGCCUAAGAUACAAAAUAAAAAAUGUAUAAAAAGCGCAAAGUGGUGGACUACAAACCUCUCCAAAUUAAAAGCAGAAUUGAAAAGAAAUAGAAACAGAAUAAAGAAGGCAAAUCCUAAUGCUAGGAACUUUGUAGUACAGGAGUAUCUUAAGAAAAAAGAAGAGUAUAAGAAAGAAAUACAACUAGCUAUCACAAAAAGCUGGAAGGAAUUCUGUACGGGAGAAGAAAGAGAAACGGUCUGGCAAAGAUCCUACAGAAUCAUAAAACAUUCCAGUAAAGCUGUCAGGGAAAAAUUGUUAAUAGGCAAUGACGGUACCACACUCUCGGCGGAUGAGUCUGCGGCUCUACUAGCCAACACCUUCUUUCCCGAAGACGAUCCCACCAAGGACAACCAUGAACACUCUCAGAUCAGGCAAAAAUCUAUAGAAAUCACCUCCAAAAAUCUACCUAUGGACAGACAAAUCACUCUUUUUACAGAACAGGAAUUACAAUCAGCACUGCAGCAUGCAAAUUCCAAAAAAGCUCCUGGCGUGGACGCAUUCACUGCAGACAUUUGCCAAAAAGCUUUCAAAACAUGCCCUGAAAUUCUACUGGCUAUUUACAACAGGUGCCUUCUACUGAGCUACUUCCCUGAAGUAUGGAAGGAGGCCUAUAUAAAAGUUAUACCCAAGCCAGGCAAGGAUGAUUACAGCCUUCCCAAAUCUUAUCGACCAAUAGGCCUUCUUUCUCUAUUGGGGAAGACCUUAGAGAAAAUGAUGGCAAGGAGACUACAGUGGGACCUUACUGCUAGGGGCUCUCUACACCCCAACCAGUACGGAUUUCUCCCACAAAAAAGCACAGAGGACGCGCUAUAUGACGCGCUGAGUAUAGUUAAAAGCGCCAUAAAAUCCAAACAACUUGCGGUUAUUGUUUCUCUCGACAUCCAAGGGGCGUUUGAUAGUGCCUGGUGGCCCACUAUCAUCACACAGUUGGACACCAUGGGAAUAGAUGAGGACAUACUGCAGCUGAUUACCUCUUAUCUGUCACAAAGGAAGAUAACCAUUAAAUACUCAGGCGUAACAAUAAAUAGGGAAACAAACAGGGGCUGCAUCCAAGGAUCGGUCUGUGGACCGAUCCUAUGGAAUGUCCAAUUAAACCAGGCACUUGAAGCUUCCCAAUAUGGAGGAGUUCACAUACAAGCCUUUGCAGAUGACAUAAUCCUUAUAGCUCAGGGUAGCACUGGAGAGGAGGUGGAGAGAAACCUGAACCAGGCGCUCGCAAAGAUACUUAAUUGGGGCAAUAAGCUUAAGCUAAAAUUCGCCCCGCAUAAAACGCAAGCAGUUCUCUUCACCAAGAAACUCAAAUACCAUACCCCCAGACUAGUGAUGGAUGGAACACCGAUCGAAAUACGAGAUGAGGUUAAGGUUCUCGGUUUAAUUAUUGACCGAAACCUUAACUUCAACUCCCACAUUCGAACCGUCUCUGCAAAGGCUUUAAACAUCUACAAAUCAGUAUCCAAGAUGGCUAGGGCUCAAUGGGGAUUAAAUCCCAGUGUCCUCAAAUUAAUAUACCAAUCUGUCGUGGAGCCGACCAUCUUAUAUGCAGCUAGUUGCUGGGCUCACACCACCUCUAACCACUAUGUAGGGAAAACUCUCGACAGAAUCACCAGGCUAUUCGCCAUUAAAAUCUGCAAAGGACACAGAACCACCUCCUUCUCUGCUAGUGUGGUGCUGGCAGGGAUUCUUCCCCUCAAACUCAAAGCGAUUGAACAGGCUGAGUUGUACUUAAUUAAGAGGGGGGAACCCCUGGAUGAGCUGCCUGGCAGAGAAUUUGAAAGUCGCACACCGGUCUCUUCACUACCGCAUCCAACAAAUAGGAAGGCUAUCUCUUUUAAAAUUAUAAACAACCAAUCCGAGUUAGAUGACGUUAUAGACAAUAACUGGCCGCGGUUCUUCACUGAUGGUAGCAAAAUAGAGGGCAAAGUCGGCGGCUCUGUCACAUGCUGGCUGGAAAAUAAAGAAGUCUACUUCACCAGUUUUCGUUUAGAAGACUUCUGCUCCGUCUUUCAAGCAGAACUGGCAGCCAUACUCAAAGCCAUUGAGGUAAUGGGCAAAAAGCCGAAACUCCAAGUUGCAAAUAUCCUAAGUGACUCAAGAUCAGCGCUUGAAAGUAUUGCUGACCCAUGCCCACUUCACCCGCUCACCAUGAAAAUCCGGCAGAAACUUCAGGAUAUAGUGCAAAAAGGCGGAAAAGUCCAAUUCUAUUGGGUAAAAGCUCACGUAGGCAUACACGGAAAUGAGCGAGCUGACGACCUCGCCAAGACAGCGGCCCUGAAAAAGAAAAUAAAACCAGUUUAUGAUCGGUUUCCUCUAACGUACGCUAAAAAGCUAUUAAGGGAAAAAUCACUAGAUAAAUGUCAAAAAUUAUACACAGAAUCCAACACGGCAGCUAUAACAAAAAUGUUCCUACCAGAUAUUCGUAAAGCAUAUAAGAUAGUCAAAGAAAUAGAUAUAGAUAACACAAUAACUCACCUUCUCACCGGACAUGGAGGAAACCGAUCAUAUCUACACAGGUUUAAACUGAUAGAUAGCCCUAGCUGCCAAUGUGACAGUGAAACACCUCAAACCAUACAGCAUAUACUUUUUGAUUGUCAAAGAUUCGCCAAAAAACGGUUUGAGUGCGAGUUCAAAUUGGAUGCAACACUGUCUGAAAGUAAUAUGGAAUACAUAUUUGAAAAUAAAGACACCAGGGAUAUACUACUUAAUUUCGCAAAGCCUCUGCUGAGGUCCACCGGGAUCCCCAACGGCGUUGGCCCGCACCGGCUCGCGGGCCCCGACUCAGUUUGGGGCGGGUACGAGAUGUUGAAUACCCACCCCCAUCUAGGGGAAGCGCGCGGGGAUGCGCGCGCGACUUCCCAGGGCCAUGUUGGUAUGGGGUGGGACUGCCCCCGCAGUCGUCACCCCGGCCCUGUGGCGAUGUAA